ACCCAGAAAGGAAAAACGCACAGAAAAGCUGAUCUUUUUUUUUCUUAUGGCUUUCUGGAUUCUCUUCUGUUUUUCUUGUUUGAGCUUUGUUUUCUGUUAAUUGUAUCUGCUUUUGUUUCUCAUUUUCUCUGCCUUCUGCUUAGUUAGGUCUUGAGCUCCGUUUGUGAAGAGGGGGAUGAACAUGCAGUUAUGUGUCUUUUUUCUUUCUUUUUUGCCUUGGAAAUUCAGUCUUCUGGUGGUUGAUGUGGGUGCUUAUGAAUUUUGCUGUGAAUUAUUUCUCUAAGAUAUGCUGAAUUGGGGGGUUGUUGUGAUUUUGUUCCUUUGGUUUGUUUGAUUUGCUUUAAGUGUUAUUGCUUCAAUUUGAUAGUGAAUCUCGUGCCAUCACUUUUUUCAGGCUUGUAAUUUAAUUUCUAAUUUCUUUGGUUUGCUCAUCUGUGAUAUGAGAAAGCAGUGUAAUUGUUAUUCUGCGUUUUAAUAAUAUAAUGCAGAACCUGAUCGUUGAAAAAGCGGAUUCCCAAAGAUAAAGUAUAUAUCUUCAUGCCUUUUUUGCCCUUUUAUCUUUUGGAUUCUCAAGUGAAAAAAAAAUGGAUGCCUUUUUGUUAAAAACUAUUAUCUCUACAUUCCAUCUGAAGCAAAUUUUUCUCUCUCUCCGUUUGCCUUCAAAGUUAAGUCUUCAGUUGUUGCUGGAGUCAGAAACUACUUUUCUUGCCUUUUAUGGUCACCACCACGUCUAAUUUCAGAGUUUUCUGUACAUAAGAGAAAAAUAAUUGCAACUGUUUAUAUUUGUGUUUAUUGGUUAAAAAUGAAUUUGCAUUGCAGUUGGCAUCAUAUUGAGUGGUGGAAGAAAGCUUAUUGUCAUGCAUGGAUGGUUGGAACUGAUUCUGGGUUUCUUUUCUUAUAGGAAAGCAUCUCCUUUGGUAACAGCAUAGUUCUCGAGGACUGUCAGCCUCUCACUGAGUUGAGGACAUUUGCACAAUUUCACUAAUAUUGGACAUAUGUUGAGCAUCUAAGUCUGAGAGGUUCUACAAGGUUUCGGUUUGUUUGAGAAAGAUUCCUCGGAGGAAAUUGGAAGGUAAAAAAUGGGGUUCAUCUGUGAUUUUUGUGGGGAGCAAAGAUCUAUGGUGUACUGUCGAUCAGAUGCAGCUUGCUUAUGCUUAUCAUGUGAUCGGAACGUCCACUCCGCUAAUGCCCUGUCGAGGCGCCAUUCAAGAACACUUCUAUGCGAAAGAUGCAAUUUGCAGCCUGCUUUAGUUAGAUGCAUUGAAGAGGGGGUCUUGCUUUGUCAGAAUUGUGAUUGGACGGGUCACGGUGCCUCUACUGCGGCUUCUGGGCAUAAAAGGCAAACGAUAAAUUGUUAUUCAGGAUGCCCGUCUUCUUCUGAACUUUCCUCGAUCUGGUCAUUUGUGUUGGACUUGCCUUCAAUUAGAGAAUCCAAUUGUGAGCAGGGAUUAGGUUCGAUGCGCAUCAUUGAGAAUAGUGAGAGGACUACUUGGGACACUCUAGACAAUAGCACCAGCCUAGAUGCAUCUUCUGUUUUGCAGGCCGACAAUGUGGCAGAUGCUUUGGUAGGUUCAUCUUCAUUACCUGAGCUUAAAUCCAUGUCGCAGAGUCUGGGCCAGCUGGCUCUACCUGUGAAUACAUUGAAUAAGGUCUGCUAUCCAAUGUCUAAUCCUGGAGUCUGUUAUGAUGAUCUAUAUAAGGAACUUAAUAUGGAUGAAGUAGAUAUGAACAUCGAAGAUUAUGAAGAACUUUUUGGCUUGACUUUAAAUAACUCGGAAGAACUUUUUCAAAAUGGUGGACUGGAUAGCUUGUUUGGCUCAAAGGAUAUGUCUGCUGCAGAUUCCAACUGUCAGGGCGGUCUCCUUGCUGAGGGAUCAUCUGUUGGAAGACCGACUGCCACGCAGCCGGCUUGCAGUGUAGCAUCGGGCGACUCUAUCAUGAGCUCAAAGACCGAACCUAUCCUUUGUUUUACAUCCAGGCAAGCCCAUUCGGGCAUCUCAUUCUCAGGUCUUACUGGAGAGAGUAGCGCCGGAGAUUAUCAAGAUUGUGGGGCCUCUUCCAUGCUUCUCAUGGGGGAGCCCCCCUGGUGUCCCCCAGGUGCUGAGAGUUCCGUUCGAUCUACAAACAGGAGUAAUGCCGUCAUGCGUUACAAGGAGAAAAAGAAGACGAGAAAGUUUGAGAAGACAGUGAGAUAUGCAUCACGGAAAGCAAGGGCUGAUGUGAGGAAGCGAGUCAAGGGGCGUUUCGUGAAGGUUGGUGAAGCUUAUGACUACGAUCCACUCAGCCCAACCAGAAGCUACUGAGAGAGCAGCCGUAUUUAAGGACAAAGACGAAUGUGAAAGGUUGAUGAUACAAAUCAAGACUGGUAAUACAAUGAUGAAGAACUAAUGAGAUGCGACAUUUACAGACCAGAAGCGGUAGCAUUUGCUUUUGAGUAGGCAGGUUUCUUUCCAAAUUCUAUGAACAUGUUUACUGCUGGACUUUUUUGGGCAAAAGGGCUAUGCUUCUGGAGAAUCCAGCCGAUUACAUUCUGUCCUUUGUGGAAACAUCCAUCCAACUAUGCUUAAGCUUUUCGGUAGGUUUUCGUGCCCUGGCUUCUAGAGAUUGUCUGUGCAGGCAUAUGGCCAGGAUGAAUUCACAUAGGUGAAACUUUUUUUCAGGUUUCUAUGUCACUUGACAGUGUACAGUGAUAGGUCUUAUAUUUAUAUGCCUUUGGGGGGGAGGGAUGAUGUCCAUUGCACACCGGUAUCACAGGCCCUCUUAUAAGGUGGAUCAUGUAGGAUCAUAGUGUAUGUAGGAAGGAGCGGUUUGUAAAUAAUGAGAGUUUUCGCCUCUGAAUCUAUUGAAUCCAACUCCUGGCAGAAAAAUGUUGUAUAGUUAUUGAGUUGCCACAAUUGGACAUCGCAGCGUAGGGAGGAUCAUUUGCGAAUGGUUCAUGUUGUAAAGCGAGGUUAUGUUAUCUAUGCAGAGUCUCUUAUCAUUUUAGACCUA